CGGUGCCGCCUGCCCGGCCGUGGGUGCGGAAUGGAGCGGGCGGGCGGCGGCGGCGCCCCCGCGGACCCCCGGGGCACCUUCGUGCUGAGUAACCUGGCGGAGGUGGUGGAGCGUGUCCUCGCCUUCCUGCCCGCCAAGGCCUUGCUGCGGGUGGCCGGCGUGUGCCGCCUGUGGAGGGAGUGUGUGCGCCGGGUGCUGCGGACCCACCGGAGCGUGACCUGGAUCUCCGCGGGCUCGGCCGAGGCCGGACGCCGGGAGCAGCACUGCCUGCUCCGCGCGCUCGCAGAAGAGCUGGAGAAUGUUCGCAUCUUACCACGAACAGUUCUCUAUAUGGCAGAUUCAGAGACCUUCAUUAGUCUGGAAGAAUGUCGUGGUCACAAGAGAGCAAGGAAGAGAACUACUAUGGAAACAGCAUUUGCCCUUGAGAAACUAUUUCCGAAGCAAUGCCAGGUGCUUGGAAUCGUGACCCCAGGAAUCGUAGUGACUCCAAUGGGAUCAGGUAGCAAUCGACCUCAGGAAAUAGAAAUUGGAGAAUCUGGCUUUGCUCUGUUGUUCCCUCAAACUGAAGGAGUGAAAAUACGACCCUUCCACUUUAUUAAGGAUCCAAAGAAGCUAACGUUAGAUAGGCGUCAACUUACGGAAGUAGGCCUUCUGGACAACCCCGAGCUGCGCGUGGUCCUGGUCUUCGGCUACAACUGCUGCCGGGUGGGAGCCAGCAAUUACCUGCAGCGCGUCAUCAGCACCUUCAGCGACAUGAACGUCAUCUUGGCCGGAGGCCAGGUGGACAACCUGGUGUCCCUGACCUCUGAACAGAAUCCGCUGGAUAUCGAUGCCACUGGCGUAGUGGGACUGUCAUUUAGUGGCCACCGAAUCCAGAGUGCCACCGUGCUUCUCAACGAGGACGUCAAUGACCAGAAGACGGUGGAGGCUGCCAUGCAGCGCCUCAAAGCUGCCAACAUCCCGGAGCAGAAUACCAUCGGCUUCAUGAUUGCAUGUGUGGGCAGGGGCUACCAGUAUUACCGGGACAAGGAUAACGUGGAGGCCGACGCCUUCAGGAAGUUCUUCCCCAGCGUACCUCUGUUCGGCUUCUUUGGAAACGGAGAAAUUGGCUGCGAUCGCAUAGUCACCGGGAACUUUACCUUGAAGAAGUGCAGUGAGGUGAAGGAUGACGACCUGUUUCAUAGCUAUACCACAAUAAUGGCUCUCAUUCAUCUGGGGGUGUCUAAAUGAAGCCCCCCUCUCCCUCCGUCAGGUGGCUUCUAGGAUGCACCCAUCCAGGCUCUGACUUUUUCCAGAAAGUGGAAACUGAGGAUCUGUGUAUUUCAAACAAACAGAAAAAUAGCUUUAUACGUAUUUGUUUCAUAGCUCUGACCUUCUAAAGAUUUGUGUUGGGGUUACUUUCUAAUGUGUUAGAUGAAGGAUGACUAGACAUAAUGCAGACCUAGAGGAGCACGUGGGUUCCAGUGGCCCGUAUGCCGGGUUAUGUGGCUGCUGUCGCACCAGGUUGGAGCCCGGGGUGACCUGCGAUUUCCUCUGCCCAUCAGGAGAUGUAUAAACGAUCAUGGCUUCUCUCCCUUUCUGGCAGAGACAGAUGACUGAGAUAUCUUCCUCCGCUUUGCAACUUUGCCAAUUUCUUUUUUUUUUUUCAAAAGCUUAAUUAUUACCGACUUUUUACUCAUUUGGUAAAACAUGAAAGAACUAUUUUUGUUUCAGUACUCUAAAGUUGUGUAGUCAAGUGAAUUGCCAAGACUGAUCAGUAUUUUAUUGCUUUAUAAGGAAAAGGCUUUUUCCUUAAACUGUAAAUUCUUCUUCCCGUGUAGUUCAAUUACGUGAGCUGACAGACCAGUCACAUCACCACAGUCUGGCUUGACACCAAUAAAACACACCUUGGAAACUCA